AAACGCGUGAAAACUGUGAAAUACUCGAACUAAAUUUUGUUAAUUCCAGGAAAAUUAAAUGUGUAAAAAAAUCUUUGAACUAAUGCCGCUUGUCGUCGACAGCAGCAGCAGCCGCAGCAGCAGCCUCCAAGUGAAACUUUUGAAGCAUGCACUUCCGUUUAUCACUAAAGAUUACUUGAGCGCUGGUAUUUGGGUCAGCAGCAGCAGCAGCAGCGACAGCGACGCACACACGCACACACGCACAUUAAAAGCAACAACAACAACAACAACAGCUAUAGUCCACUAUAGACAUCGUUUAAAAAACGCUGAUUUGGCAGCUAAUGGCUUAUGUCGAUCAAAGUGCGACUGUUUGUGCUUUGCUGGGGGCAGGGGCAACAACUAGAUUGAAAUUAUUUCAUUGAUAACGGGUCAAGAGAGCUCCCAAAUAUAGCAGCUAAGCUGCUAAUAAUUUUUAGUCAAAAUG